GAAGCAGAUUUUUGAACCCUAAAUAGUGCAACUGGAGUAUUUGUGUGAAUGUACCACUGGGAAAAUCUAACAUGUUGUUGUUGAUCAGUGUCCUUCUCACCUUGUGGUUUUACACUGCUCAUGGACAGGGGAAACAUUGUAAUUAUCCAGUAAUAAAACAUGGACGGCUAUAUCAUUCAUACAGUGGAUACUUUCCAGCACGUGUAAAUCAACAGUUUCUCUAUAACUGUGAUCAGUAUUUUGUGCCUCCUUCACAAUAUUCCUCGGAUUACCUGACUUGCACAGCAGAAGGAUGGUCUCCAGAAGAGCCAUGCCUCAGAGAAUGUAUUUUCAAUAAUUUGGAAAAUGGAUAUACCCCAAGUAGUGAAAAAAAAGUUGUACAGGGUGAAACUGUAAGGGUUCGCUGCUAUCAUGGCUACAGUCUUCAAAAUAAUCAGAACACAAUGACCUGCACAGAGAGUGGCUGGUCUCCUCCUCCCAGAUGCAUCCGUGUCAAAAAAAUUGGAUGUUCUCAACCACCUCAAAUAGACCAUGGAACCAUUAACUCAUCUAGCUCUGCAAAAGAAAGGAGAGAAAUACAUGAACAAAGGCUGUAUGCACAUGGCACGAAGUUAAGUUAUAUAUGUGAAGAAGACUUCUAGAUAUCUGAAAAUAAU